AUGUUGCAACAUAAAUUAUUUUUCUAUGGACAAUAUUUUUUAAAGGUCAAUACCCCUUAUCGUUUAUCCUAUAUUUCUCAUCGUCUUGUAUCAUAUGAUCCACAUGAAUCUCCAACUGUUCCUCAUAUUCAUUCAACUCCAACAUUAGCAUUAACAGAUAAACUUCCUUCAUCAUGUCAUAUACUUAUUGCUGGAGGUGGAAUUAUUGGUCAAUCAAUUGCUUAUCAUUUAAGUGAACUUGGUAUUAAAGAUAUUGUACUUGUUGAAAAAGCAAAACUAGCAUCUGGUUCCACAUGGCAAAGUUCUGGACGAGUAUCUUAUUUACAAAAUACAAAUGUUGAAACACAUUUUACGAAAUAUUCAAGACAAUUAUAUGAACGAUUACAUAAAGAAGGACAUGAUAUUGGUUUUAAUGAAACAGGUAGUUUAUGGAUAGCUCAAACACCUGAUCGACUUCAUACACUUAAACGACAAUACUCUGCAAUAAAAGCAUUAGGUAUUAAUUGUGAAAUAUUAAACUUAGAAAAAUUAACUGAAAAAGUACCGAUUAUUGAUGCUCAUGAAAUUUGGGGUGGUCUUUGGGUUCCUAAUGAUUUUAUGGUUGAUCCUGUACCAUUAGCUUUAACAUUUGCACAAUUAGCAAUAGAUAAAGGAGUUAAAAUUAUUGAAGAUUGUUAUGUCAAUGAAAUUCUUACAGAAAAACAACGUGCUGGACAAUAUGAUCGUGUGACUAGUGCUGUAACAUCACAAGGAGAUAUUAAAUGUAAUAUAUUUAUUAAUUGUACAGGAAUGUGGGCACGAGAACUUGGAUUUCAAUCUUUACCAAGUGUUCGAAUUCCUACAUUAGCAUGUGAAUAUAUAUGUUUAAAAACAAAACCAAUAAAAGAUUUUCCCAGUGGUAUUCCCGUUGUUCAUAAUCCACACGAACGUUUUUAUAUUCAACCAUUAAUUGAUCAUAGUGUAUUAAUUGGUGGUUUUCUAAGUCAAUCAAAGCCUCUUUUUGCAAAUGGUGUUCCCGAUACAUUUCAUUUUUCUCUUUUACCUGAUAAUUGGGAUGAUUUUCAUUGGAUAUUAAAUAAUGCAAUUAAACGAUUCCCUAUUGUUGCUGAAAGUGAAAACGAAAUAUUGAUUACUGGUGCUGAUAGUUUUACACCGGAUGGUCGAUUAAUUAUGAAUGAAUCAGCUGAAGUUGAUAAUUAUUUUGUUGCAUCUGGUGCAAAUGGACAAGGUAUAGCACUUGCUGGUGGUAUUGGAAAAUAUAUGGCUGAAUUAAUACAUACAGGAAAUACAGAUUUAAGUACAUGGCCCGUUGAUAUACGUCGUUUUAUGCGUUUACAUACAAAUAAACGUUUUCUUGAAGAUCGUCUUCGAGAAAUACCAGGAAAACAAUAUUCAUUAAAAUAUCCAACAUAUGGUAUGUCAUUAUAUCAAACAGGACGAAAAUUACGUGUUUCACCAUUACAUCCAAAAUUACAAGCAGCUGGUGCAGUUUAUGGUGAAGUACUCGGUUAUGAACGUCCAUUAUUUUUCAAACCAGAUGAACCAGGAAAAAAUUUCGAAGAUUUAAGUAAACAAGGUACAUUCAGUAAAGCACGAUGGUUUAAUACAGUCAAAAAAGAAUAUAAUGUAUGUCGAAAAGGUGUAGCUAUUAUUGAUAUGACAUCAUUUACAAAAUAUGAACUUAAAUCAGCUAAUCGAAGUGUUGUGGAUUUUCUUCAAAUGCUUUGUGCAAAUAAUAUUGAUAAACCAAUUGGUACUGUUAUUCAUACAGGAAUGUUAAAUGAACAAGGUGGUUAUGAAAAUGAUUGUUCUGUAAUACGUCUUGGAGAAUAUCAUUUUCUUUUGGUUAGUCCAACAUCACAAUCUACACGUAAUAUGAAAUGGCUUAAAUCUCAUGUACCAGAAGAUGGUUCUGUUCUUCUAUCAGAUGUAACAUCACUUUAUACAGCAUUAAAUGUUAUUGGACCAAAAGCAAAAUAUUUAUUAGCUGAAUUGAGUGAUGAAAAUUUUAAUGAUUUUGCAAGAAUGACUUGUCAAGUAAGUCAUAUGUAGAACAAAAUAAAAUAAAUACGAUUACUAAGAGUAAAGAAUAUUAACUAGAUAUUUUGAUUAAAG